AUGGCAAAGAUCCUGCGGAAUCCGCCUCCUAACCGACACCACCAAGAACCACCUCUAUUAUCCUUUAUACAGAAUACUAGUUCUUUGCAACCUCCAAGGGAAGUUAAAAGUGUAUACGGCCCAGUACUGAACCCUGAGGCAUCUGUGCUCACUUGCAGUUUGUCUGAAACUGAAUUUUCUAGAUGCUUUGACAAUGUACGUUAUCUUAAGUAUGCUUUAGACUAUCUGAGGAUGGAAGGCACUUACCUUUGGGUAAUACGUUCCACAAUCUUUGAAGAUGGGUUUGUUAUCGUUAACAUCUGUGAUAAACACUACCACAACGGCGGUACUGGGCACUUCAAAUCAAAUGAACAUUUGGCCCGUAUGGGUAUAGAAAAAAAUACUAUCUACUUAGAUGCCUGGAAAAGGAUGAAACACCAUUCCACUUCCGAAGUAGCAAGGACCUACCUCAAAUCGUCCUCCCGUUCGGUCUCGGACGAUAAAGUAGUGAAUGUUGUGAUCCGUGUCAGGAUCUCGAGCCUGGAGAGUGAAGACAGGAGCGCUCUACCGAUACAAAAAUUCCCUUUUGCAUCCUUCACCUGCACUAAUGCUGUAGAUAACAAAAUCUGCGAAUUUUCCGCCCGCACAUUAGCGGAUGUAAACCCUUCUGUAGGCGACGGCAACACCGCAUGUGUCUGCGACGACUUCGAAGCCGGCGGCGGCGUUGUGUCGUUCGGCGUUGAACCGGUGACUAAGCGUUCCGACGGUGUCCGAUGGAGAUUUGGCUCAGCAGCGGUCGCUUCUCGCCGCGGAAGGUGA